AUGAGGGUUGAGCUCCUGCUCGGCAGGUUCACUGCCCGGUCGGGUUUUCGACAAGCACAGGGCUUCAAACCGACGUCAUUUAUUCGGCUGCAAUGCGCGCGUCGACUGCACACGCCGCGCCAGAUACCGUGGCGCGGCGGCAGCAAAAGCAGGGGCAGCGGCAGCUCGACACUGCGCGCGUCGGCCGGCGCGGCUGCCAUUGGCACGGCGACCUUUGUCGAGCUCGCGCGCAAGGAUAAUGGCGGUACCAAUGAGACGGGCGAGCUCCGCAUGCUGGAGCUGUCGCGAGAGGAGAUUCGCAAGACGAUAGAUGAUGACGACCGGGGGAUAUCGCGGCUGAUGCACAAGGUGCUGCUGUUCAUCGACUUUUACAUCUGGGAGCCCAUCUUCACCGGCGUGCGGUUCCUUCACCUCGUCGCCAUCUUCGUACCGGUCAUCGUGUCUGUGCCCAUGAUGUGGCUCGGACGCCGCCUCCCGGAGCGCGACGAUGAGCGCCAGGGCACGCUCUGGUGGUACAGCUUCCUGGUCAAGGCCAUGGAGCUGGCGGGCCCGGCCUUUAUCAAGCUCGGCCAGUGGGCGGCGUCGCGGUCCGACAUCUUCCCCAACGAGCUUUGCGACACAAUGUCCAAGCUGCACUCCAACGCGCCCGCCCACUCGAUGCGGGUGACGAGGGCGACGGUCGAAGAGGCCUUUGGCGGCCGUCCGUUUGAGGAGAUAUUUGACGAGUUUGACGAGAAGCCCCUCGGCGUCGGCGCAAUUGCGCAGGUAUACAAGGCCAAGCUGAAGCCGGACCUGGCCUCGCCGGCCGACUCGGACAUUGCCAAAGACAAGCACAUGGCGGACAAUGUCAAGCAUCAUGUCAAGACGGUGCUCCUGAGCUCACCUAGCCGCGUGCCCUCGACAUAUGUCGCUAUCAAGGUGCUUCAUCCCCAUGUUGAGCGAACAGUUAGACGCGACUUGCGCAUCAUGGGGUUCUUUGCAUCCAUGCUGAAUGCCAUCCCGACCAUGGAGUGGCUAUCAUUACCCGGCGAGGUGGAGCAGUUUGGCGAGAUGAUGAAGCUGCAGCUUGAUCUACGUAUCGAGGCGGCAAACCUGGCCACCUUUCGACAAAACUUCAAGGACCGGUCCACGGCCUGGUUCCCUUAUCCUUACACCGACUUUACGACUCGCAACGUGCUGAUUGAGGAGUUUGCCCAAGGCAUUCCUCUCGCCGACUUUAUGGAAAAUGGCGGCGGCGUGUUCCAGCACGACAUUGCCGACGAGGGCCUGGAUGCCUUUCUGCGCAUGCUGCUCCUCGACAACUUUGUCCACGCCGACCUGCACCCGGGCAACAUCAUGGUGCGAUUCUACCGCUCGGCCAAGCCCGAGCUGCCCGAGCUGCCGCCCAUGCGGCACGCGCCCGACGCGCCGCCGCCCGGCGUGGACCCAUCCGACGUGACCGAGGAGGUGCUCGAGCGCCUGCGGCCGUACCGCGCCGACCGCGACGCCUGGCAGGCGGAGCUGGCCAAGAUUGACGCCGAGGGCUUCCGGCCGCAGCUCGUCUUCAUCGACACGGGCCUCGUCACGGAGCUCAACGCCACGAACCGCAAAAACUUUUUGGAUCUCUUCCGCGCCGUCGCCGAGUUUGACGGCUACAAGGCCGGCCACCUCAUGUGCGAGCGCUGCCGCCAGCCCGACGCCGUGCUCGACAAGGAGGUCUUUGCGCUCAAGAUGCAGCACCUGGUCCUCAGCGUCAAGAGCCGCACACUCGCCCUCGGCAACGUCAAGAUUGGCGACAUUUUGCAGCAGGUGCUCGCCAUGGUCCGCGGCCACCACGUCCGCCUCGAGGGCGACUUUGUCAACGUCGUCAUCAGCAUCCUGCUGCUCGAGGGCAUCGGCCGCAGCCUAAACCCCGACGUCGACCUGCUGAGCAGCUCCCUCCCCAUCCUGCGCCAGCUCAGUACGCAAGGCGCGGGUGGUGGCGGUGAUUUUUCCAUGAUCCUAUUGUGGGUUGGUUUGGAGACGAGAAAGUUUCUGCAGGCAAGCAUUGAAGAUGUCGAACGAUGUGUCAAAUACGAUCUUUUGUCUCCAAAUGUUUAG